CGUCCGUCGUCCGUCCGCGAUUGUCGUCGUCGUCGCGGUUCACCUCCGUCACCGUCGUCACCACCGUCACCGCUGUCACCGCCCCCGGCGCUCUUCGAGUACUUACGAGUUUCUGUCGCAGCAGCAUUUCUCCGCGUACGACUGAAAUCCGUCACCACCAGCCCUGCAGUAUUUUGGUAUCGCUGUGUACACUGGUGCGUGCAAUAAUCUCCAUUUGUGUUGUGAGGUCAUAGCCCAUGAAUUUGGAUCGCUGAACGCCAGAACAAUACUCUUUAUUAUACACCUGCGUCUAGGUUAAGUGUUCCUACGGCCAUAGUCGUAAAAUCGUGAUGAUCGCAACUCCGUUCUCGUACAGGCUUUAAACGAUUUGUCAUUCGAGUUGGUUUAUGUCGGACGGUGAGAAAAGAUAAAAGGAUCCAUAAAAAGCAACCAUGUUAAAACACGUGCACCGAGCAAAAUGUGCCGACACACUUAGCAUUGUGUCCACAGCAAGUUCUUUCAACCAUGAGCCUAUGUCUAGUAGAUGUUCAAGCAUAUCGUCGUUGAACAUUUCAAAUCCAGUUGAUACGAUCAAAGUGUACACAAAGUGUUUGCGUGCCGACCUCGAGUACAAAACACUCGGGCUGGCUUAUACGACGACUUGCAGUGAAGUGAUAUCCAUUCUGCUCAACAAAUACCGAAUGCGUCACAGGGACCCGAAUUUGUUUUUCAUGACCAUGGAGAUAAACCUCAGGAAAAUCGGACUCAGAACUGUAUUCGUCCUGGACAACGAAUCGUGUCCUGCCGUGUUGCAGUCAUGCCAUCCCAGAGGAGAAUCGAGGUUUUGCUUGCAAUCUAAAAAAGGUGGACUAGUGAAAGUGUACGACGGCGAACUGAUGCCAGGGUCCAAGUAUAAAAGCUUAUUGAUUUCUGAACGCACGACUGUCGACGAGCUGAUCAAAAUAUUGCUCAACUGUUAUAAUAGCAAAGAGCAAGUUGAACAGUUUUCUUUGUACGAGUUAUCGAAAUUCGAAGAAUACCAACGCAAACUCCACCACGAUGACAUGCCAUUGAACGUGCAAUGCUGUUGGCCCUCCAAUAGCGACUACAUUUUCAUCAUUAAAAGGAAUCCGAAUUAUAAGUCAAAACAAGUGCAGACAAUUUGGACUGACCACCAUCAAGAAAAAGAAGAACCUUCAACAAACGAAUACGAAAAUUUUAUUUAUAUAUAAUUAGUGUCGAUGUAUCAAACGCAUCAUGUAUAUAAUAUACACUGUAACAAUUGUCACCGUGACCUUAUUCGAUGUUAUAUAACACAGAAGAAUCAAUUUGUGUCUGUUUUUAUACCACCAAUCAUGAAAACAGUUAGCGAUUUCUUUUUCGAGCUUUUAAAACUUGUAAGUUUUUAAGCAUAGAGAUGUAUGUACAAAAUAUCUAUUAUUUUUUUACUUAUAAAAUAAAUGUGUAUGUGGUAGGUUUUAAAAAUAGUGUACUAUAUAUAUGAACCGUGGAGCUACAACACAGUAGUAGUGUGUAGGAUUUAUUUUUGUAAAUGGGUCUCAAAUUCGUGAAAUGUUAAAAAAUGCUCGUUUUCUUUUUUUUUGCUAAAUAUUGGAAAAAAAUUAAGGCGUAAGGCCUACGAUUGGAUUACGACUAAAAAUGUAAUCUAUAAUAGUCUAUACUUGAGUAUGAUAACAGUGUAAUGUGUGACAACAAAUGAAUUUAUUAACACUAAUAGGUACAAGCCUAACUACAUAAUGAUUUUAUACUAUUAAACCGUUAUUAAAACGAUAAUCAUUUUAACCGUCAAAAGUUGUGUUACCAACAGAAAAAUCAACGCCGUGAUUUGAUUCUAAAAUUUUACUCAUUGGGUGCCUGUUUAAAUUACAUUUUAGUCGUUGAUCAAUCAAGUACGCUCUUCUUUUAAUUUUUUUUUAUCGUUAUAUUAUAUAUUUUUCUUUUUUUUUAAAAAAUACCUACAUUGUUGUUUUUGAACAAUGGCGGUCUAUUAUAAGUUUUUGUUUUGAGAAUUAUUUUAUGGAUGUAAUUUUUUUUGUUUGUUAGGUUUAUAGUUUAUUUUAACAUUGAAAAAAAACAUUGUGUUUAAUUUUAAAUUGUUAAAAUCAAUUGAUAGAAUCACAAUAUGAACUGUAAUAAUUUUUUUUGUCAAAGCAAUCUGCCCAUUCUAUACCUACAUUAAACUUCUUUUGAUAAAAAUGCUACUAUUUUGUUAAGCUUUUACUAGUCUUAAAUCAUUAUGUUUUGUUUAUAAUAUGUAAGUUCAUUGAUGAACCAAUUAUGUAUGUAUGUCAAUUGAAUUUGUCAUACAAUAUUGUGGAAUAAUAGUCACUUGUUUAGCUGUUAGUUUGGGUGCCUAAAUUAUGGAUAACAUAUUAAUUAUUAAUACUCGGGUAAAAUUUGAAUUUGUUGUUUAAAUUAAAUUAAUGAAUUUAGUACUGCGAGUUCACAUGAUGAGGUACAAUAUGUUCAGUCUGACAACUUAUGUUAGAAAAUAAUAUUUUAAUACAAAAUGAAUAUGCCGAUACCAAUAGUUAAUUUUAUAUAAUAUUUUAUUGCAUUAAACUAUGUAAUGGUGAUACUUGAUUGAUGUUAAUAUAACUAUUGUGUUACAAAAUAUUAUUAUUCACUUGAAAUAGUUAUUACACUAUUGAUAAAUUGUGUAUAAUAAUAAUAUUAUAUUAAUAUAAUAAUAUAAUAAUAUUUUACUAAUAAAAUAAAUUCAAAUGGCAUAUUUAAAGUAUUAUUAUCCGACAUUAUUAGUUGUUGGAUAGACAAGUUGUAGGUGAUCACUAAGAUGAAAUAUCGUAGUAUAUUUUAUGUGUUUUUUUCUUAUUUGUACAUAUAGUAAUUUUUAUUUUUUCUAAUCCUAUUUUUCAAAGUUAUAAAGUUAUAUUUAACAGUAAAAUAUUCAUUAUUGUUAAAUAUUUAAGUACAGUAAAGUCUUGAUAACUCAAAUCUCAAGGUGAAUAAAAAUAAAUUCAACUUAUGUAUUUUUCGAGUUAUAUUUUUCAAACGCAACUUAAAAACAAUUCAAGAGACAAGAAAAAAAUUUGAGGUUUGAGUUAUUGAGACUCAAACUUAUAUUAAUACAGAUUGUCAUCAUACAUUAUAAGUUAUAACCAAAAUGCAUUAUGGUGCAUCGGAACAAUGUAUGUACACUGUACUUAGACUAUAAAUUAUGUUAAAAGACUUAUGAGAUGAUAAAGGUAUGUAUUUUUUUUUACCAAUAAUGUCGUUUAAGAAUUAUUGAUUAAAAGUGUAUUUUGGUAAUUGAUUUUGGACAUUGUAUUUCCUUACGAUUAUGAAUUGUGUUAGAAUUAAGUCUGUAAUUUCACAAUAUUAGAUUUUUUUUGUUUACAACAUAUAAUUUAAGUUAAUCACCUUAAGAGGGCUUUACAUGACAUUCAAAUAAUUUAUAAAAAAUGUUUAUUUUACAUUUGAUGAGCUGCUUGUAAUAAGGAUCAAUUUUUAUUGGCUCAGCAUUGAAAUUUUUCUUCAUUAAAUAAAAUAGUAUAAUGUAAAUUACCUUUCAAAUAGUUUUAUAAUUUACACCCUCUAAACUUUGAGGGUAAAUUGUAAUUUUUUUUCUGUUUACUGUAAGAUACUUAAAACUGUCUAAACAAUGUAAUGUAUAUUGAACUCUAUACUUAAAAAAAAAAAUCUUUAGUCAUAGAUUAUUAAUGUUAUUUGCCAAAGAUUAUGU